UGUUGUCCCGCAGAAGUGGUACAGCCCACGCGGACCUGUCGCUAUGGAGAGCAGCUCCCCGACAGCGUGAGCCAGCCAGAGCGAGCAGGGACGAGCGAGGAGCCAGGAGGAGGACGGAGCAGAGAGCGAGCGCAGAGAGCGCACAGACACGCAGGAAUCAUGGAGAAAACAUCGCCGCGCAGAGGGACUUUGCCGUCCACCGGACUGCGACUUUUAACAUCACUUCUCACCCUAUGCGGACUUACCUCAGGUGUGAGCAGUAACCACGUGGUUGUUCCUGAGAAAGUGAAUGCAGUGCUGGGGAAGAACAUCACACUGGGUUGCAAAAUAGAGGUGGGCUCCAAUCUCAGCCUCACACAGAUCUCCUGGGAACGUCGUCUUCCUUCGGGCACCAUUACCUUGGCAGUGUUCAACCCCAAGUACGGAACCUCAUUCUCCCAAGAAUAUGCCCAGCGCAUCUCAUUUGUUUCCCCUUCAAUACAAGAUGCUACAAUAACCCUUAAAGAAGUUGGCUUUGCAGAUAUCGGGUCCUACACCUGCAAAGUGGCAACAUUUCCUCUGGGCAAUACGCAAGCGUCAACCUUCGUCAAUGUAUUAGUGGAGCCAAAGGUGUAUGUGUCCGCUGGCCCAACAGCCCUGCUGGAUGGCGGGAAUGAGUCGCUGGUUGCCACCUGCAUAGCAGAGCGUGGUCGUCCCGCUGCUGAGGUUUUCUGGGAGACGGAGCUGUACGGGCGAAGUGAGAAGCAAAGUCAGGAUGAACCCAACAGCACCACCACCAUACAUGUGCGUUACAUGUGGCAGCCGCAGAGCUACGCCCAGGGGAAGACGCUAACUUGUGUGGUGCGCCACCAAGCCCUGCAAACAGAGUUCCGCAUACCCUACAUACUAAAUGUUCAGUUUGCGCCAAUGGUAUCAAUAAUUGGACUUGACAAAAAUUGGUAUGUGGGACAAGAGAAUGUGAAGUUCAUCUGUGGUGCCAAAGCUAACCCACCUGCCCGUCACUUCACGUGGAUCAGGUUGGAUGGACUGAUGCCUGAGGGUGUUGAGAUCUCAAACAAUAGCUUUGCUUUCACUCGCCCCCUGGAGCGCAAUGACUCUGGAGUAUAUCGCUGUGAAGUGAUGAAUGACAUUGGUCUCCGCAGUCAGAAUGUAAAUCUCUGGGUACAAGAUCCUCCCCCCACCACUGCAGCCCCCAGCACCACUGCAUCCCUCCUCCACGACACCUCUGGAACCAGCACUGCUGUGGACCAGCAGAGAGCCCUGUUCACCUCCUCGACCCUGGCUUCCUUACCUGACAGCAGCCUGGGUACUAUAGUUGGCGGGGCAGUAGGUGGAGUUCUGUUCCUGAUCCUCUUGCUGAUCCUGGGUGGAGCAUGUUUUAUGCGCCAGCGCAGAACCUUCAGGGGUGACUACUACACGAAACAGUACCUGGGACCCUCCGACAUGCAGAAGGAGUCUCAGCUAGAUGUGCUGCAGCCACAUGAGCUGCAGGAAGUCUACGGGGACAAGACGAGCAAAGGCAGCCAGGAGCUAAAACCCAAACUGGGUGGAGACAUCAUUUACCCCGACUACACCCCCGAACGCAAGGAUAGGGACGACUGGGCCGACAUGGGGGACGCCCACAGGGGUCUCAAGGAGGGAAACUACUACCCUGAUCACUACAACACCCAAAACAUGCACCCCUGUGGGCCUCCCGUUCACAGCCCCACAGUGAACAAUGGCUCCCCCUACCACCCGGAGGACUGCUAUGACAAUGGUACAGACAGCGACUAUGUGUCCCACAUGGACGGAUCUGUGAUCUCACGCAGGGAGUGGUAUGUUUGAGGGGAGAAGCAAAGAAAAAACGGACAAAUGACUGACUGAGAAUAAUUUAUCAAGUGACAGAUAUAAAUAUCAUUAAAGGUUGUGUCAUUUCAGUUAAAGGAUGAAUAAAAUUUCUCAGCUCAGUUUCAAAAUGAGCUUUUUGAACAAUA